AUGAAACUUCUAAGCGCCCUCUCCUGGGCGCUGGCGCUCACACUCACGGCGGCACCGCUCCAACCCGUCGCCGCUGAGCAAGAGCUCCCCAGUCUGCGCAUCAUGCCUCUCGGAGACUCAAUCACAAAAGGCAACGGCUCGCCCGACGGAAACGGGUACCGGGAGAAACUGCGUGAGUUGGUCGUAGCGGACCAACGGGGAACGAAUGCCACAACUGAUAUGAUUGGAAGUCUCUCGGACGGCAACAUGCCGGAUGCCAACCACGAGGGACAUAGCGGCAAGAUGCUAGCUGAUAUCAGGGGGUACAUUGACCUGUCUCUCCCCGCGAAACCGAACGUUGUGCUUGUGCAUGCGGGGACGAAUAAUAUGGAUUUGGAGGUGGAUUUGGAGAAAGCGGAUUCUUUGAUUGAGUCGAUUAUCGAUAGGGCUUUUGAAGGGUCGCCAGGGGUUACUGUUCUUGUGGCGCCGGUGAUAUGGGCCAAUGAUCCUCGGAUGCAGGCGAAUACGGAUGCCUUUAAUGCGAAAUUGGCCGCGAUCAUUAAGCGGAAGCAAGGCGAUGGCCAGCAGAUUCUGUCGGUACCGAUUGAUAUCACGGCUGCCGAUUUAUCUGAUAAGAAACAUCCUAACGGGGAUGGGUAUGCUAAAAUGGCGGAGGCCUGGUACAAGGGUAUCAUCGAUGCUCACGAGCGUGGGUGGAUCGGGGACCCGGCCAAGGUUGAUGCUCCUGGGAUGGGCUUAGGAUACGGAGACCCAAUUCCUGAUAGUGGUGGAAGGAAUUGUGGAGACAAGAACUGGAAGAGCCAAGGGCAGGUCUUUGACGGGUUUCGCGUCUGGGACGACGAGGGCACUAUAUUUGACGCGGUCAAAGGUGCCACCCGGGAUAAAGUGAUUCUGGCAGAUCUCAACAAUGAUGGGCACACCGAUUACAUCCUAGCUUAUGAUGGCGGUGCUGUGAAAGCCUGGAUAAACACAGGGGAAGAGAACAACCCCUGGGUGAGCCUUGGAGAAGUCAACCCAGACUGGGAGAAAGUGACGGGGGAUAUGAUCCGCAUGGCAGAUGUUGAUAAUGAUGGCAAGGCGGAUCUUAUUGUCCUGUACUCCGAUGGUGCUGCUAAGGUCUGGAAAAACGUGGACAAUGGCCGCAAGUUCGAGUCUCUCGAUCCUGAAUGGGCAUCCGGGUUAGGUGAGUCUCGGGAGAAGGUUCACUUCAAGGACAUGGACGGUGAUGGUUAUGCCGACUAUGUGAUUCUGUACGAAGGCGGCUCCGUUGACUGGGCACGCAACACCCACAACAAUGGCAAAGAUAAGGGCAAACGCAACUGGGAGAGGGAGGUCACUAUUGCACCGGGGCCAGAUGGUGUACCGAAUAACCGAGCCCAACUGUACGACAUUGACGGAGAUGGAUUGACUGACUAUGUCGCCAUCUACGAAGGAGGAGCCGUCGACGCAUGGCGAAAUACCGGGAGCCUAAAUGAAGGUGGCCGCAAUUGGGAGAGCCUAGGCACCAUCGCCCCCGGCGUCGAGGGAGUUACAGGUGAAAUGAUUCGAUUCGCAGACAUGGACGGAGACGGCAACGCGGACUUUCUCGCCAUUUCUGACGAUGGGAGCGUCCACAAGUGGAAUAACCUGGGCAUCGUUGGGCCGAAGGACUCCAGCCUGCGGUUUGCUGACCUCGACGGCGAUGGCUCUGACGAUAUUGUCUCUGUCGACAGUAAAGGCCGCACCCGCGCAUGGCUCAAUAAAGGAGACGGCAAAUGGGAGGAGAUUGGCGAGAUUGCCCCGGGUCUAGAUGAAGAUCUGUCUUCGUCCAGGAUCGAGUUUGCCGACGUCAACGGUGACGGACUUGAUGAUUUCCUGGUGAUUUACGGCGGGGGGGCAGUCAAGGCUUACCUCAACAAUGACAACAUUCCCAAAAAGGGGUCAGACCGGAUCUGGCAGGCUGGCAUCGUCAUUUCGGAGGGCGUUGGUGAGCCUGGCCGUAAAGUGCAGUUUGCAGACGUGGAUGGAGACGGGUAUGCAGACUUUUUGGUGGUGUUUGAUGGGGGUGCAGUUGAUGCCUGGCUCAAUCGACAGAACAUUCCACCAGCGGACAGCGGGCGUAUUUGGGGAGAGAGAACUACGAUAGCAACUGGAGUGGGUGAGCCCGGCAGCAAGGUGCGCUUCGCAGAUCUCACCGGCGAUAAAAAGGCCGAGUAUAUCGUUCAGUACGACGGUGGCUCUGCUAAGGCAUAUCUCAAUACGGGAAACAUCCCAGAUGCUGGCAAGCCCAGAAACUUUAACAACAUGGGCACCGUCUCCAACGGCGUUGACUCGCAGGGCCGGGUGGAAUAUGCCGACAUUAAUGGAGAUGGAAAGGCCGACUAUCUUGUUGUGUCUGCCAAUGGAAAGAUUCGUUCCUAUAUCAACAGCUGUAGUUGGAAACCUGAUGAGGGCGACGGUAACGACGGUGACGAUGGUAACGACGGUGAUGAUGGCGAUGGCGGUGAUGGCGAUGGUGAUGAUGGAGAUGGAGGUGAUGGAGACAAUGGUGAUGGAGACAAUGGUGAUGAUAUCCUAAUCGACCCAUCCAUAUGGAAGGACGAGAACCCCCAAGUCGCCUGCGAGCCACCCUGCAACCUUGUUCUCCCUCCGACAGUUCUUUCGAGUCCAACAACCAUCACAUUGUCCCCCUACAGCACAGAGCUCGAGGUGGUCUGGACUGAGGAGGGUGUAAAGCACGUAACGACCCAACCAACCACACUGACACUCCCGCCCAUAACAACCCAGACAAUCUCAUUCUGGCCACUGCCAUACCCAGAGAGUUCAGGCUCCAGCUUCACCUUCAGCCCAAUCCCAUUGAUACUACCCCCUCCUUUGACCAUCACUAACGAUCCUAAUCCGUUGUCUAAACCGGGUGUCACUCAUUCACCGGUUACUCGUACCGUCUCGCCAUAUCCUUAUCCCACGGAAGAGCCGGAGGAUGACGACGACGACGACGAGGAUGAUUAUGAUGAUGAUGAUGAUGAUAACGAGCAUUUCGGAGGCCCGUUCCCGAUUAUAACUGUGGGUGAUGGCCCCCCGGGCCCUAAAUGCACGUCGGGAUGUGGAUCACCUUGCAAGGGUGACGCCUGUGGUGGUAUAGAUGGGCCCUGUACGCCGGGGCUUACUUGUCCACCUGGAGGGGAUCACGAAGAUCCGUCGGAUGAAGACGAUGACGACGAUGAUGAUGAUGAUGACGAUGAGGAGGAUGGUGGUGUUUGUGAGAUUACUGACCCCGAUGAGGAUGAUGACCCAGAUAAUACUGAGCCUCGACCUCCUCCCGACGAUGACGAUGAUGGAGGAGAUGAUGGAGGAGAUGAUGGAGGAGAUGAUGGAGGAGAUGAUGGAGGAGAUGAUGGAGGAGAUGAUGGAGGAGAUGAUGGAGGAGAUGAUAGAGGAGAUGAUAGAGGAGAUGAUGGAGGAGAUGAUGGAGGAGAUGAUGGAGGAGAUGAUGGGGGAGAUGAUGGAGGUGAUGAUGGAGGUGAUGAUGGAGGUGAUGAUGGAGGUGAUGAUGGAGGUGAUGAUGAUGGAGACGAUGGAGGUGAUGGAGGUGAUGAUGGAGGAGAUGGAGACGAGGACGAAGACGAAGGUGAUCCCGACACCGGCGAUUAUAAAUGUGUCGAGAUCGAGAUCAACAUGAACAAACAAGACACCGAGUACACGGAAGCCGGAGUCCUGAAGCUGGACGGGGACACAGUGUGCGAUGAUGAAAGAGACCGGGACGAGGACAACAACGGCGAGUACUUCAGCUGCGACGACGGCAUCUGGCUUGCCUUCAAAACGGCCGACGAGGAGGGAUACGUGGACGUGUGGUAUCAGGUGCCGGGGAUGGAAGAGAAGAAGAUCCAGGCGUCUGGAACCAGCUCGACUACGAUUUGUGGUCCAGAUGGAACAAUGACGGAGUACUGCACCAAGUGGGAGUAUUCCUGGUAUACUGGGGACUGCUGA